AUGUCUGCGGUGUCGGAGGCGGUGCAUAUUUUGACGCCGAGGGCCAAACCGUCGCCACACGCAAAGCGAUGGUGGACGGUGGACCUAACACAACUCCGUCAGAUAUACACGUAUUGGAGAAACCACGCCCGCUCGGAGCGACGCGCAGGGCGAAAGGUACCACACCUGGAAAAUAUGGCCGCAAGUGCGGCGAAACAAUACCACGAUGCUAUUCGCAAACAAAAGAAGAAACACUGGAAUGAGUUUCUUGCGGACAACGAUAAUAUAUGGAAAGCCGCGAAAUACCUGAAGUCAGGAGAUGAUGCAGCAUUCGGCAAGGUCCCACAGCUCCUCCGGGCGGAUGGAACUAUGACCGCCGAUCAUAAAGAGCAAGCGGAGGAACUACUGACCAAAUUCUUCCCGCCACUGCCGGACAGAAUUGACGAUGAAGGGAUCAGGCCGCAGAGAGCGCCCUUGGAGAUGUCCGCCAUCACUAUGGAAGAGGUCGAACGACAGCUGUUGGCGGCAAAGUCUUGGAAAGCACCUGGUGAAGAUGGCCUACCAGCGAUAGUGUGGAAGAUGACGUGGCCCGUGGUCAAGCACAGUGUUCUUGAACUAUUCCGGACGUCGCUGGAAGAAGGCGCGGUGCCUAGGCAGUGGAGACAUGCAAAGAUUAUACCACUCAAAAAACCGAACAAAGAGAACUACACCAUCGCGAAGGCCUGGAGGCCGAUUUCACUCCUCGCGACACUGGGCAAGGUACUGGAAUCAGUCAUCGCAGAAAGAAUCUCACACGCGGUGGAAACUUACGGCCUGCUUCCGACCAGCCAUUUCGGGGCCCGUAAGCAACGGUCAGCGGAGCAAGCACUCUUACUUUUACAAGAGCAAAUCUAUGCGGCGUGGCGUGGCCGACGGGUCUUGAGCUUGAUCAGCUUCGAUGUCAAAGGAGCUUACAAUGGGGUCUGUAAGGAACGAUUACUCCAGAGGAUGAAAGCGCGAGGGAUCCCGGAGGCCCUGCUUCGGUGGGUCGAAGCGUUCUGCUCGGAGCGAACGGCGACCAUCCAAAUCAAUGGGCAAGCAUCAGAGGCCCAAAGCCUCCCACAGGCCGGGCUGCCUCAGGGCUCACCCCUGUCCCCAAUCCUAUUCCUCUUCAACGCAGAUCUCGUACAGCGACAGAUCAACGGCCAGGGAGGAGCGAUUGCCUUCGUGGAUGACUUCACCGCGUGGGUGACCGGACCGAUCGCACAGAGCAACCGGCAGGGUAUUGAAACAAUCGUCAAUGAAGCACUCGACUGGGAAAGGAGAAGUGGAGCGACCUUUGAAGCAGAGAAAACCGCCAUUAUACACUUCGCCCCCAAGGCCCACAAAUCGGACUCGGAGCCAUUUACCAUUAAGGGAGAGACCGUUGAACCCAGAGACCAUGUCAAGAUUCUUGGCGUCAUCAUGGACACAAGACUCAAAUACAAGGAACACAUUGCGAGAGCGGCGUCCAAAGGCCUGGAAGCAGCGAUGGAGCUGCGACGGCUUCAGGGUCUAUCCCCAGCAACAGCACGACAGUUAUUCACCUCGACGGUGGCCUCAGUAGUGGACUAUGCCUCCAAUGUCUGGAUGCACGCUUUCAAGAAUCAGAGCGUCGGGCCGAUCAACCGAGUACAAAGGGUAGGAGCGCAGGCGAUUGUCGGGACAUUCCUCACAGUUGCAACCAGCGUAGCGGAAGCGGAGGCUCACAUCGCCACGGCGCAACACCGGCUCUAG